AUGAAGACCUUCAUCGCCCUCCUUCCCGCGCUUGCCUUGAUGGCAUCCGCUUCUCCCUUCCGCCUCGCCAACGACAACUCAUCUGUCGAGGAUGUAACCCCAUCCAUCAAGGAUGUUCCCUUGUCUACCAAGGACGUCUCCCUUGAACCCCUCGCCGGCAACACCACCACUCCUGGCAUUGACAGCCUGCCCACCUGCGCUGUCCCCUGCAUUGAGGUCGCCAUCAAGUCGGCGUCCGAUUGCGAGCUCGACGAUCUCCCUUGCCUGUGCAAGAAUCGCGCCAAGAUUGCCAAAUCCGCCAAGAAAUGCAUCCUCAGUACCUGCGGUGCCAAAAAGACCCAGAAAAAGGUGGUGCCUCAAGUGCAGGCCUUGUGCAAAGCCGAAGAUAAAAAGGAGGAGGAGCGACGAAAGGCAGAGAAGAAGAAGGAAAAGGAGCAAGAAGAGGCCAGAAAGAAGGCCGAGAAGGAACAAAAGGAACGCGACAAGAAGCAGAGAGAGGACGAGAAGAAGAAGGAAAAGGAGGAGAAGAAGAAACAAAAGGAAAAGGAAAAGGAAGAGAAGCGGAAGAAGAAGGAGGAAGAGAAGAAGAAGAAGGAGGAAGAAAAAGAGUUUGAAAGGCUUCGGAAGGAAGAGGAAAAGCGGAAGAAGGAAGAGGAAAAGCGGAAGAAGAAGGAACAGGAAGACGCCGAGGCUGGCGAAAACGAGAAGAGAGACGACAACGAGGAAAGGGGCGAGCCCGAUUUCACGCUUGAAAAGGUGAAGGCGGCGCACACUUGGUGGAAGCUCGACAAAGAGCACCCUGUCAAGGGCGAACCAUUCUAG